UCAAUUGCUUGGAACUUUUCGAGGCCUCUUAAGAAAUCAGAUCUUCUGGUGUGUCCACAUUUCAACAGUUGUAAACUCUGCCUUAGUACUGCUGCUUGAAACGGUGUCUAAUCAUCUCUUUCGAGUACGGAUCAUUGGCAGCGGUCAGAAAUAAGAGCACCAAGUUCUGAAAUGGUAGCAACGAUGCGCUCGCGGGUUGCCAUUAUCUGGGAAGAACUUCGCAAGCUAGGCUUCACGCGUCUCACACGGCAGCGCAUCUACCGGGGCGCUGACCUGUGCCCAGCCAUUCCCUCCGCCGUCGCACCGGCAGUGCGUGCACAAAAUCGUGCCGUAAAAAUACAAUAAUAAGUAAGUAAAAAUAAAGAAAUAAAAGCGCAAGGAUCAGCGGCGGCGGCGGCGCCAAGGUGCAGUGAUUCUUAAUGAUGCGGGUCCCGGUCGAACCAGGAGGAACGUGAAUAACAAGAAAAAAUGAAAAGAACCCGCUGACACACCGCCUCAGGCGGUACGUGACGGCAAAUGCACAACAGCGUGUCUGCUUUCAAAAACGGCUGCUCGGACGCCCAGAUCUAAACUGGUUCUGCACGGGCUACGGUCGACUCGGUAUGGCGUUCCGUCAAGAAUCCGGUUGCAACGGCAGCGAUGAACCGAUCACCUACGGCGCCACGCCACCUGGUGGCGAGCCGCGGUCCUUGUCCCAGGUUCGCGGCUUGUCAUCCUCAUAGCACAUGGCAGCGACGGCGACGGCCAGUGCCGAGAUGGCCAUGUACCGUCAAAAGCGUCCCAACUGGACUGAGGAUGAGCGACUGCGGCUCGUGCAAGAGAUCGGCGAGCGCAUUGACGUCAUUCGCGGCAAGCUGGGCCCCACACUGACACUCCGCGCCAAACGAUCUGCCUGGACUGCGGUGCAGCAGGCACUGAAUGCAGGCAAUGACACGCACACGCGCUCUGUGCCCGAGAUCAAGAAGCAGUGGAGCAACCUCGUGCAGAGGUGCAAGCACCGCGUAAAUGCGCACAACCGCGGCACCAGUCGGCAAGGAGAGAAUGGGCGUUCCUUGGAUUUGUCUGUAGUGGAGAGAACCAUACUGGAUGUCAUAGGUGAUGACUGCUCAUAUGCUGACUUCCUUGAUGGUGCCGGCCCCGACAUCUCUGGUGACGUUGAUGGAAGCCAAGACAACUGCCUUGGCUCCUCCGAGGACGAGACACUGAUCCAGUCACUGGACUCCAGUGUGCCAGAGUGGUUUUGGAAGACAAGCGCCCGAGCCUCGAGCGCCGCAUCUGCGUCCGCCGCGCUAUGCGCCGUCCACCCCUCCACGGACACUUCCGUGGCCACCGCAGUCGCUAUGAAGCGGGAGCACAGUGACGAUGACGAACACCCAUCGUCCGCCGAGUGUGUGACAGCCGAGUUCGAAGUGGACAAUGAACACGACGAUGUCGCCGAGACAUUAGGCAUAGUUUACGAGCGGCCCACUGCUGCUGCUGCCUCCAGUAAGCAGCUGGUGCCCCGGCAGGCAACAUGCUCACAGAUGGGUGCCGGACGUCGACCAGUCGUGACACCGCAGCAGAGACAGACGCUGCCGCCACCGCCGCCGCCUCCACCUCAACUUCCGGCAAGUCCCGCAAGACGUCAACCCAGAGGCCCCAACCCGGACACCGGCGGUGACGGCGAAGAUUCCGGAAACCACUGCAAUGAGAAUGCGGGAGAUGAUGAUCUGGCGACCUUGCGCAAGACGUUGCUCAUGGAGCAGAUCAGAGCCGCCCGAGAGCAAGCCCGGGCAUUCCAGGCUGUUGCCUCUGCUGCACAGGCUGUCAGAGAAUGCGUCGCGAGGGCGGCCAAGUCUCGCGUGCACACAGAGAAGGUGAAGCGCAGAAAGCUGGCACUGCAGAUCAAGAAGAUGGCAGAAUGACGCUGCUGGUGCAAGUGGAAAGUGAAGAAAGGGUGCAGCUGAUGCCUGGUUAUUUCAUUGCCUUGAGGAUGUACCAGCAUCCAGUUCAUGCGUCGCAAAGUAAAAAUGUGCCUCGUGCCUAUUGUUUGGGAUUGUGGCUACGGAGCAGUGAUGGAGGUGUCCUUCUGGUGGCCUCAUUCUCAGGGAUUCCCAGCCCACCACUGGGAGCAGUGUUUCCGAGAUUUUGAUGACCAUGAGUGCCCACAUUGAGAAGAUCAAUAUCUAGCUGGACGCACUUCAGCUGUGCUUCAAAUUUAGUCUGGAGCUGUGCCUAUUGUGCCCUCUUUGUAUGGUGGCUUUUGAUUUCAUGCCCCCCCCCCCCCCCCCGACACACACACACAUAUAUAUAUAUUUGUAGGCACCUUUUUGCUGCAAGUUGUUUGUCUAGUGAAUUGCCUCUGUGUGGCCAAGCUCUAUUACUUUCGCAGUCAUCAUUUCGAUGUUCAAAAUACAUUCACAUUCCUUGUAGGCCUGUCAGGCUUCUUCACGUUAUCACUUGUGUAGGAUUCCCUCGUAUUGGCCAUUUAUUGAAAGAAGUAAUGCGAUGUGAAGAAUAGAUAAGACUGUUCCAUAACAUCUACUUAUGUGACAUGCAAAUUGUAGGUGCUGGGUACAGUCAGAGACUUGAUAUUUUGACAUUCCCACGUCCUGUGCUCGUGGUGCCUUGAACGUACAUGUGCUUUUCUAGGCGUGAUGCCAGUGUUUUGAUUGUGGUGCAGUGAUGUUAUGAACUCGGGGCAGCCAGGAAACAUGGCACUUUACUGUGUGCGCCCUCACAUUUCACAUAAUUACCAGAGCAUAAUAUUAACUCAUUGUACAGUUACACAUAUACCUCACUUUAUGACACAGAACUUUAUGAAAUUUUCCCUUUAAUGAACUACUUUGGUUCCCUGCCAUAUAUCUAUAGAACCAAAGCUUUGAAAACCUUGGAAGGAACAAAAUAAAAUGUCUUACCAAUUUGACAGUCCUUUUGAAACAAUGGGAAAGAAGAUUAUUUACUGGGUACCUGAGUGUUCAAAAUACUAUGUUUUGCAAGAGCAUUUCAGUGCUGCUUGAGGCGUGCCGCUUUCGUUUUACAAAACUAUGCUGCCUGGGCCCUGGCAUUACAGACUUUGAUUAGGUUCUACCAUAUAGUGUCAGCAGCUCAGUUUACAUGGCUGUUGACUGUAGUGUUGAUUUUGAGGUCAAUUACUCCAGAUUUGAUGAAAUAAUUGUCUAGUGGCAUCAACUUCAUUAAAUCAGUUUAACUGCAUUUAAUAAUUUAUGAUCACCAACCAUGCUCUUUGCUGAAGGUGGCUGUUUUCACUUAUUAUUAAUGUGAGCUUAGAGCCCGCAUCUUUGUUUUUUUUUUUUUUUUUUUCAGUGGUCCUUUGCCAUAUAAUCAAUUUACCAGCAAUGUGAAAUGCAACCAAUCUCACUUUAAGUAAGUCAUUGGUUGGAAAUUUUCAGCUCUUGCUGGACCCACGCUUAAGAUUUAUGGCAAGUCGUGGAUUGUACAGCAGUAAGUCAUGCGCGUUACUUUGACUUAGCUUGAUCUUAAAACUGAUUGCUAGAGAUUGGAGCAGUUUACCUUACUUCGGGCAGAGUUCGCUGCGUCCGCACGCCUCGGCUUGCAAGUUUGCGCAGACUGUCAACAUGCUAAGCUGUUCUCACACUACCAUGUAAACCACAGUGCAUGAAAUUAUUAGGUUGCACAAUUCAUAGACAUGGGGACACCCGACUAAGCAGCAAGUUGUUCGUUUAUGCCUGUCUUUUCUCUCAUACUUUAAUGAGGCAUCGUGCUUCCACAAAUGUCUAAUAUUACCAAAUUAUUGGGAGGCCAGAUGUAAAACAAGUGGCAGUGUGUGAAGAAUUCCUGUUCUAGUUCUUUUAAUGUAUUGUACAGCACUGCAUGCGAGAUUCAGGAACUUAAUGUACUCCUUAGUGCAGUGAUUGACUCAGGGCUGCGACUUGCUUUUAAUGAGACAUGGCACCUAGCAUUGUGAUAUACAAAACCUAGUUGCUUGGCGUUGGUGUUCAACACAGCCUACAGAAAUUCCUUACUGGAGGAGACCAGCUUGUGUGUAGUCAUGCGAGCUACAGAAAAAGUAAUAUACAGGCUGUCGUUUUACAAGGCAUGCAAUCUGUAGGACACAUCAUCUGGUUGUGCCUCCUAGGCUCAUGCGUUGCCUCAGGAGUUUGCAUGACACUAAUGAGGGAAUUUUCUUUCCCCGCCUCUUUUAACUUCUGGGCAAGGUGAGUUUCCUAAGUUUGUCUAAAUAAUAUAAGGAGGAGAUAAGAUUGGAUCAGAAGUACGCCAUUUUAUAGUGUUUGUUAUGGUUUGGUCUUUCAGAAAUAAGUCCUUUAUCCCAGCACUCCUACAAAUUAUGAAGGUAGUUCAUAAGAUCGAGACUGUUCUUUUAGCAUGUGGAGAAUGCUGCAAAUUAAUGUAGAGGCACGUUUUAAUAUUAGAUGUUUGUUAAGUUGAUGCAGCAUGUUCAUGCUUUGUAUUUGCAUAUGACGUGAUCGGUGGCUUACUGAAAGUGCACUGCACCAACAUUCCUGCUUUAGUUCUAGUGUGAAAUAAACCAGUGUAAAACUGGGGUUGCUCUUUUAGCUCUGUAUCACUUUGCAUUGUUCAUUUCCCUAUUUAUGCCUUCAUGACAUACCUCACAUGUGGCUGGCCGAGUGUAGUGAAUUUGUCCAAAUGCUAUGCAAAGAAGGCAUUGGAAGUGUUUGAGAAAAGCCUUUUAGUAAUUUCCUAGUGAUUGCCUUACAUAUUGUGCACGCUAACAGCCAAGACAGUCAUUGCAGAAUGUGGAGGGCGAUGAAAGCCAUCAUGACUGAAAACAGGACCAAUCAAAGUGUAGAAGGGUGUUGUGACAUGUACCUGCUUUAAAUAAAUUGUGCUGCACCAUG